CCUCAUAAAAUUAGCAGUCUGGGAACUUCAAGUGUCGUACACACAAGACCGUUAAAUAUCCAAAGAACUUUUGUUAGUUCGUCUUAAAUGUUCAAGCUUGUUGGCCUCCUUCUGGAUUUCGCUCAUUAAUAUACAUUGCCCUGAAUAGUUCCAAAAGUGUUGCCACAACCAAAAAGAGAGCUAGUACUCUCGGUCUUGAUCGAGCUUCGAACACAAUGUCACAAUCGAUUACCGCAUCCUUAAAGCCAGACGAAGCAGCCAAAGAGAGCAAGAGGGACACUGAAGAACCUGCGCCGGCUUACGUUGAUCACACCUCUGAUGAACGGUAUCAAGAUACAAUAUCUCUACGGAAUUACAGAUCGGACUUGCAACAGUCAAGUAUAGAAGCGACAGGACCUCGCUCCCUAACCCUGGACAAAGAUCUCAUCUUUCCGAGCAUCAUUCCGUCCACAGCACUCUACUCUUUAAACCAUGCCCUGGAUACCAAGAGCAACUCUAUUACUCUCCGCCGCUCCGUUCCAAAUACUGUGUAUCCGCAAAAACUCACAGAUAAAGAUCUUUGGGAAAUUUUCCGCCCGCCGAUGACUCGUACAAAAUUUCAACUUCACGGGAAAACGGAAAGCACAUAUCUUAGGACAGGAGAAUUGACUAUGAAGUCUGGAUUGAGUGGGCAGGUCUGGGAAUGUAGGUUUGAACCAGAGGUUGUGCUGAGAGGGAAGGAUGGAGUGUGGAGUGAUGGGCAAGGAGAAGUGGUGGCCAGGGAGGCUAACGAAGUUAUUGCAAAAAACGGGAGCAGGAAGGGGAAAGAAAGGGAGGCUGUGGAUAGUGUGAGAAAAAAUCCAAGUCUGACGCGCGUUGAAAGACGAAAUGGGGAGGAGGACCUUUUUUUGGUCGAUCUUAUGGUAGCGGUUUGGUGUGCCAAGACGUGGUGUGCGGAGACGUGGGAAAGCAGAGGAGAUGGGCCGAGUAUGAAAGAAGUUUUGCAGAAGGGAAAGGAUGGUAACUGGGGUGGAAAGAGGAAGUAUCACCUGUGGACUUGAGACCUAAUUUUAUUUUCCAGCGGUCAAAUACCACUUCGCCGAGUUUUUUUGGUGACCAUCUGAGAUAAUGCUAAAUAUAUUUCCGUACAUUUCUU